CGAGCAGAAUUUAUGCCCCGAGAACGAACACUGCAAAACACACACAGGUCUUGCCAGACAGGAAAGUGACAGAAGGACGUGUACCCUGUUGUUUAUAAAUAUGGCGUAAGUUUCCAUACAUUGACUUUAAAGUUUCCUUUAAAUGCUCCUGAUAUGUUAUAAGACAUUGCCAAAUGAUGUUAAUUUCAAAUGCUUAUAUCACUAACUUAUAUCACAGUUGUUUAGCCAGGAUUCUCAUCUCAAAAGUUUUCAUUUCUCAUUUCCCUUUUUUGGCCAAGGAAAAACCCUGAUAUUGCUCAAUUAAACUUGAUUAUAGUAUCAGUUUUGGCCACAAUCUUACAUAUGACCCCUUUAAACAGACCAUCGCAGAUUAGGGAUGAGUCACAAUCUUUGGCUAUUGAAAUAUAUUAUCUGAGGCACAAUUAUUUCACACAAACUUGUGUGACAGUCAUAAGGUCUUUAUCUUAAACACCUCAAUAUGUCUGUCUGUUUUAUAAAGUAUAAAAGCUUUGUCUAUUACAGAUCCAAACGAAAAAUGGAUUAUGACGACAGUCGUUGGACUAAACGAAGACGUGUUAAAAUGAAAGUACAGGAGCACUUGAAUUAUUUGGAAGGCUGCCAAAAUGACAUUGUGCCAACAAAUAUGUAUUUCAAUGCAUCAGAGAAAGACUUUAAGUCUCAUGGAAGUAACAAUUCAAAUGACAAGCAGAUCUGUGGACAUCACAGUGAAGAGUUGGGGUCUCAAAGUGAUGACGAAUCACAUUCUGAAGUUGUUUCCAAACACAAUUUUGAAGCCCAAAAUGAUCAGACUGAUUCGGAGAGCACAGUUGAAAAAUCAGACACUUGUAGCUUUAGUGACAUUAGAAGGAAAUUAAGAGACUGGUCAGUAAAUCACAAUAUUUCACAUAGUGCCCUGUCAGAACUGUUGCACUUAUUAGUGCAGUGUGGCUUGGAGUUACCAAAAGAUCCAAGAACUCUUUUGUCAACCUCAACAACCUACGAAAUCAAAGACAUCGGAACUGGAUGCUACUGCCAUAUUGGAGUGUCUAACGCAAUCAUUUCAGCUCUGUCACAGGAAGCACAUUCCUCAGUAGAUACUAUAACACUGCGUAUCAACAUUGAUGGUAUACCCCUCUCAAGCAGCUCUAAACAGGAGUUAUGGCCUAUUCUGGCUAAGAUCAAGGAACUUCCCACAGCUAAUGUUGGUGUCAUUGGUCUGUUUGCUGGCCCAACAAAGCCUCAAUGUAUUAAUGAAUACCUGAAGGAUUUCAUUGAGGAGUUGAAGCUAUUAAUGCAUGAUGGUCUAGAAUACAAUGGAAGACAUUACAAUGUUGCUCUUCCAGAUGCAUUUAUCUGUGAUGCACCUGCUCGUGCCUACUUGAAAUGCAUCAAAGGUCACACUGGCUACAGCUCCUGCGAGCGAUGCACUGAGUAUGGGGUUCAUUUAGGUACAGUUGUGUUUCCAGAAUUGACUGCACCGCUGCGAACAGACUUGACCUUUGAUCAGCAGCUUGAUAGUGACCAUCACCAUAAUGAUAUAGUCUCACCGCUACAAGAGCUUGGGAUUAGAAUGGUCUCAAGCUUUGUCCUUGACUAUAUGCAUUUGGUAUGCUUAGGACAUGUUAGAAGAAUUGUACGUCUUUGGACCAAGGGACCUUUAAGUAGUCGUCUUUCUUCUUCCACAAUCAACAUGAUUUCUGAUCACUUGGAAUCAAUCAGAGCAAAUCUCCCACAGAAUUUUUCACGUAAGCCAAGGUCACUUAGAGAAUACAGAAAUUGGAAGGCCACUGAAUAUCGACAGUUUCUGUUGUACACAGGUCCUGUGGUACUGAAAGGACGCCUACCAACAAGGCUGUACAAAAACUUUAUGAUACUCUCAGUUGCAAUGAGGAUACUUCUCAGUCCAGCCUUGUGCUCUGAGCACUGUGAAUAUGCAGGCAAGCUACUGAAAUGUUAUGUGACAAAUUUUGGACAGAUAUAUGGAUCCGAGCAGCUAGUCUAUAACACUCACUCGCUCAUCCAUCUUGCCGAUGAUGCCAGAAAAUUUGGUUCCCUAGACAACGUGUCAUGUUUCCCUUUUGAAAAUCAUCUAGGGACUAUAAAGCGGAUGGUGAGACGGCCCCAAGGCGCAGUUCAACAACUUGUAAGGCGUCUCAGUGAAAAACAGCAUUCACUCUCCCUUAAAUGUGGAAAAGAGAGGGCAAAUAAGCCUCUAAAACCACAUUUCUCAGGUCCGACUCUACCUGAUGUUCCUGUCCGCAUGCAGUACAUGAAGUACAGACAUGAUGGCAAUAUAAUUUCAUGUCGUAAAGGCAACAAUUGUUUUAAUGUUAAGGGAAAAGUUGCUGUGGUUCGGAACAUUGUUGAGUUGGUAUCGGGGGGUAUGUACGCAGUCUGUCAGUUUUAUCAAAAACAAGACAGCUUUUACAACUACCCUAUUGAGUCAACGUGUGUGGGGAUUAGAACAGUGACACGGCUGUCUCACCAGCUGCAUGGUGUGUCGGUCACAGAGUUAACUGAGAGACUAGUACUUCUGCCAUUGCAGGAUGGAGCUGUUGCAUUUGUCCAGUUACACAAUCAGUAACCAUUAUGAACUUUGCAGC